AGCUACGCAAUGUCAUUGACAAACUGGCUCAGUUUGUGGCACGGAAUGGCCCUGAGUUUGAAAAAAUGACAAUGGAGAAGCAAAAGGAAAAUCCUAAAUUCUCAUUUCUGUUUGGAGGAGAUUUCUAUGGCUAUUACAAAUAUAAGCUGACUCUGGAGCAGCAACAGUUGUUGUGCAAGCAAAGUCAAGAUAUUGAGGCUGUCCCACAGAUGCAGCCAAUUCCCCAACCACCUUUGGCUCCUGCCACCCCUAUCACCACUCCUCAGGGGACUCCUUCAAUGGAGGAAUUGAUCCAGCAAAGCCAAUGGAAUCUGCAGCAGCAGGAGCAGCACCUCCUUGCCCUGCGACAGGAGCAAAUCACCUCUGCAAUAGCUAUGGCUAUUGAGCAACAAAUGCAGAAAGUCUUGGAGGAAACCCAGCUGGACAUGAAUGAGUUUGAUAACUUGCUACAACCAAUCAUUGACACGUGCACCAAAGAUGCUAUCUCCGCUGGAAAGAACUGGAUGUUCAGUAAUGCCAAAUCUCCCCAGCAUUGUGAACUAAUGUCUGGGCAUCUGCGCAAUCAGAUCACCGCCGAGGGGGCACAUUUUGAGCUGCGACUACAUUUAAUCUAUCUGAUUAACGACGUCCUCCACCAUUGCCAGCGGAAGCAACAACGUGAUCUCCUGGCAGCUCUACAAAAAGUGGUGGUGCCCAUUUACUGCACUAGCUUCCUGGCUGUGGAGGAGGACAAACAACAGAAGAUCGCCAGGCUCCUUCAGCUGUGGGAGAAAAAUGGCUACUUUGAUGAAUCGAUUAUCCAGCAGCUCCAGAGUCCAGCCCUUGGACUCGGGCAAUAUCAAGCUACUCUGAUCACAGAAUAUGCCAACGUUGUGCAGCCAAUUCAGGUUGCAUUUCAGCAGCAGAUUCAGAAUUUGAAAACUCAGCAUGAGGAGUUUGUCAGCAGCCUCACACAACAACAGCAGCAGCAGCAACAGCAGCAGCAACAGAUGCAAAUCCCCCCACUGGAAAGUGAGGUGAAACCAGCUCCUCCAGCCUCAGCUCCUCCUCCGGCUACUUCCAUUGCACAAGCAGAUGAAGGGAAGGCUCAGCUGCCCCUUGCAGGCUCCACAGAAUACGAAGCCACAGGUGCUGGGCCAUCUGAUCCUGCUGCAGCUGGACCUCGUGGACCUGGGCCUCAUGAUCACAUUCCUCCCAAUAAACCGCCCUGGUUUGAACAGCCGCAUCCCGUCACACCUUGGGGCCAACAGCAGCCCCCUGAUCAACCUCCAUUCCCACACCACCAGGGUCCUCCCCACUGUCCUCCAUGGAACAGUAACCACGAGGGGAUAUGGAACGAACAGAGGGAGCCCGGCUGGAACAAUCAGCGCGAAGCCCCCUGGAACAACCAACCAGACCCAUCCUGGAAUAAUCAGUUUGAAGCCCCCUGGAACAACCAGCAUGAGCAGCCACCAUGGGCCGGGGGCCAGAGAGAACCCCCCUUCCGUAUGCAGCGCCCACCUCACUUUAGGGGGCCUUUCCCCCCUCACCAGCAGCACCCUCAGUUCAAUCAGCCUCCUCAUCCACAUAACUUCAACCGCUUCCCACCUCGCUUCAUGCAGGAUGACUUCCCCCCACGGCAUCCCUUUGAACGGCCUCCAUAUCCCCAUCGCUUUGACUACCCUCAGGGGGAUUUCCCUCAAGAAAUUGGACCACCUCACCACCACCCUGGGCACCGCAUGCCACAUCCUGGAAUAAGCGAGCACCCUCCGUGGGGUGGGCCACAGCACCCUGACUUUGGACCUCCUCCCCAUGGCUUUAAUGGACAGCCACCUCACAUGCGCAGGCAGGGGCCGCCUCAUGUUAAUCACGACGACCCCAGCCUGGUGCCAAACGUCCCUUACUUUGAUCUUCCUGCUGGACUCAUGGCUCCUCUUGUCAAACUGGAAGAUCAUGAGUACAAGCCUUUGGAUCCCAAGGAUAUCCGCCUGCCCCCUCCGAUGCCUCCCAGUGAGAGAUUACUGGCUGCAGUUGAAGCCUUUUAUAGUCCCCCAUCCCACGAUAGGCCAAGAAACAGUGAGGGCUGGGAGCAGAACGGGCUGUACGAGUUCUUUCGAGCAAAGAUGCGAGCCCGGCGCCGCAAAGGCCAAGAGAAAAGAAACAGUGGCCCUUCACAAUCCCGCAGCAGGUCUAAAAGCAGAGGGCGGUCUUCUUCCCGCUCCAAUUCAAGGUCUUCAAAAUCCUCUGGCUCAUACUCAAGGUCUCGAUCUCGAUCCUGCUCCAGAUCAAGGUCCUACUCCCGGUCUCAGUCCAGGAGUAGGAGCAGAUCCCGCUCUUCACGAAGUCGCUCCCGCUCCAGGUCCCGAUCAAAAUCCUACUCCCCUAGUAGGCGGCGCCGGUCUCGAUCUCGCAGUCAGACACCUCCUUCUGCCGCUGGAUUGGGCUCCAGCUCAGGACCUCCCAUACCAGAAUCCAGACUUGGAGAGGAGAAUAAAGGACAUCAGAUGCUGGUGAAAAUGGGAUGGAGUGGAUCUGGGGGCUUGGGUGCCAAGGAGCAAGGGAUCCAGGACCCUAUUAAAGGAGGGGAUAUCAGAGACAAAUGGGAUCAGUAUAAGGGUGUGGGAGUAUCCCUAGACGAUCCCUAUGAGAAUUAUCGCAGGAACAAAAGCUAUUCCUUUAUUGCUCGAAUGAAGGCCAGAGAUGAAAGCUAAUGGUGUUUCAAGUGGAGGAAGCCAGAUAGCUACCAAGAACUGGGCAAAUGAAUCAAGAAUCUACUGUACAUUCUAAAUCCCCAAGAUACCCCUCUGCAGCCGUCACAGCUCCAUCCAGAACAGAGGGCUUAACCACUCAACAGUUACUUCUAGAUGUUUAAGGAUUUGUAACAAGAAAAAAAUAAUAUUUAGGCCUUUUAUAUUUUUGUAUAUAAAAUCUUAAUCCUUUUAAGAAUUAAGAGGAGUGCUGGAGACUGACUCAUCUGUAGCACCAUCGCAUUUCCUUGCUUAUUUCAAAAUAUGAAGCGUUCCUAGAAGCCCUGUCGGAAGAUACCUUUUGUAACUGUGGGUGCCCAUAGAUCGGCAGUUGUCUGUGAUCUAAGGCUUGCCCUGGGCAAACUGAAAGAACCAUUUUCCUCCCCGUCUAGAACUGUUCUUUCACAGCCAUCCAUUUUGACAUAAGGUAGCAACUGUUGUAGACUGACUUCCUGUAGCUGUGAAAUUUAUUCAUCUUUCAACCUUUCUGUCAUGAGUCAGCUACCAUCUUGUAUUUACUGUUGCCUUCCAAUAAAAACUUUU